CGCUCUCCCAGCGCUGCGCACUUGCCAGCUAGUCCGCCCGCCCGUCCGGAGCCCGGCUCGCUGGAGCAGCAUGGCGGGGUCGCCACUGCUCCACGGGCCGCGGGCCGGGGGCGUCGGCCUUCUGGUGUUGCUGCUGUUGAGCCUCCUUCGGCUGCCUCCCGCUCUCUGCGCGCGGCCAGUAAAGGAGGCUCGCAGCCUAAACGCAGCGUCUACGCCUAUGGCUGAGGCCAGCCCCCCGCGCCGCUUCCGCCGGGCAGCGCCCAGAGGAGGAGAGGCUGCGGGUGCGGUGCAGGAGCUGGCGCGGGCGCUGGCGCACCUGCUGGAAGCCGAGCGGCAGGAGCGGGCUCGGGCUGAAGCGCAGGAGGCUGAGGAUCAGCAGGCACGCGUUCUGGCGCAGCUAUUGCGCGUCUGGGGCUCUCCCCGUGCCUCCGACACGCCGCUCGGCCUGGAUGACGACCCCGACGCGCCGGCUGCGCAGCUCGCCCGCGCCCUGCUCCGUGCCCGCCUGGACCCUGCGGCCCUCGCAGCCCAGCUUGUUCCCGCACCUGCGCCGGCCGCUGCACACCGACCCCGGCCCCCAGUCUAUGACGAUGGCCCCACGGGCCCAGAUACGGAGGACACUGGUGACGAGACACCCGACGUGGACCCAGAGCUGCUGAGGUAUUUGCUGGGGCGAAUCCUCACGGGAAGCGGGGAGCCUGAAGCUGGGGCCGCCCCUCGUCGCCUUCGCCGCGCAGCCGACCAGGAUUUGAGUCCUGAGGUUCCCCCUGAAGGUGUUUUGGGGGCACUGCUUCGAGUGAAACGCCUAGAGAACCCCCCGCCCCCGGCGCCAGGGCGUCGUCUCCUGCCACCCUGAGCACCACCUGCAUCCAACGUGCCACAGAAGCCCACCAACCAGCACCCAACCACCCUCCCCAGCCAGCACGUCAACCUCAAUUUACUCCUUUGACCUCCAGACCCCCGCCCCCUAGCCUUACAAUAAGACCAUCUGAAACAGCUCUGUUUGUGUGAGUGGCAGUCCACUAAAGGGCUGGUGGGUUGAUUGCUGGUAGUGGCUCUUGGGAUAGAGGGACCCAAGAUCUUCAACUUUAGUGACACCUGACUCUCUCCACACUGGAGUCAUCCAUAGGGACAAGGGCAUUACCCCUGGGAGCUGCCCUUUGUGCACUGAGGCCUCUUUCAGGGCCCACACUAGCAUCUUCCAGGGGUCCCUUCUCCCAAGGACCAAGGGCACCAAGGGAUGAGGAGCUCCUUUGGGUUGUGGUCUUUAGUUUUGCACUGGCUAUUCCCUCUGCUCCUGGAUACCAGCAAGCUUUUAUCCAAAUGUCACCUGCUCCAUAAGGAUUCCUUGGCUGACCCUGUCACUGUGUUUCUUCCCUUGCCUUACCAUCAGCCUCUUGUCACCUCCACAAUGGUAAGAAUUCACCUCCUGCACAGUGCCUGCCUGGCAAGC